AUGAGUCAAGGUCUUGAUAUCAAUCAAAUUGCAAACGAUAUCCAAACAUAUAUCGAUCAAGGUAAUUUUUAUGAUACAGUUGAAAAAGAUUCCAUUCCUAAAGUUAUGGAUAAAACGAAUCUUAAUUCUAAUGAUUUCACAAAACUUCUUUCUCAAGGCAAAACAAAAUAUGGUGCAAGUAAACUAUAUAAACUUUCUAGGAAAUGUGAUGUUUCCAUUAAUUCAAUGGAAGAUGUCAUUAAUGUUCUUCAAAUCUACGACAACCUUUUCAAACUCAAAUCAUCACACUCAAUAAUUGAUUAUCUUGAGAAUCAAUACAUCAGCAAUUAUGCGAAGCUUGCUGAAUUACCAAUGGAUUCAGAUUUUGAUACAGUUUACAAAUACCUUAAAGGACUUUCAGACCAAGGUGACAAACUGAGAAUGUCUAUUGCAUGUGCAGCUAAAUUGAGUGAAGUCAGAGAUUCUGAUGAAUUUACUCCACUUCUUUAUGCAUGUUAUGAUAAUAAUCUUCAAUUAGUCAAAUCUCUUAUUGAAGGAGGUUGCAACAAGAAUGCUGUUACAAAAUCUGGAAGUAAUUGUUUACUUUUAGCAUCAUUCGAUGGAUAUCUUGAAAUUGUCAAAUAUUUAAUUGAAGCUGGUUUUGACAAGGAUUGGCGUAAACAAAGUAAUAAAUUUAAUGCAAUUCUUUGUGCAUCACAAAAAGGUCAUCUUGAAACAGUUAAAUAUUUGAAAAGUAUUGGUUGUGAUGUCAACUCUAAACAAAAAGGUAAUUCAAACUGCAUUUACUGUGCAGCUACAGAAGGCCAUCUUGAAACAAUUCAAUAUCUUGUUUCAGCAGGAUGCAAUCCAGAUGAAAAAGAUGUUUCUGGAAUCACUCCACUAAAUGUUGCAUCAAGAUAUGGUUUUUAUGAAGUAGUUAAAUAUCUUCUUGAAUGCGGCUGCAAUAAAGAUGCUAUAGAUAAUGGAGGAAUGAAACCAAUUGAUUAUGCAAAAGAAAAACAAUUCGAAAGUGACAACUACAGAAAGAUUGUCGAUCUUCUUAAUCAAUAA